UCCAUUUGUCGAUCGGUGAGGAUGUUUGUGAUGGGCAGCGAGUUUUACAACUGAGCGGCGAAGUAACCUAUGAAAAUAAAUUUGAAAAACAUAAUUCACAUUCUAUUGUAAUUUUAGUUGAAAAAGUACCAAUUUUCAAUGAGGGAGCGAACUUAAUAUCUGUUAUUGACUGGUGUUUGUUAUAUUGCAGUCAUCAUGGCUCGCUUUUUGACUGAUGAGCAGCUGAAAGGUUUUGAAAAAUACAAGUACAAUUCUAUUGAUACAAGUAUACUCAGCAAUUAUGUUAUGCAUCCGUUUUGGAACUGGUGUGUUCAGUUCUGCCCCGAGUGGGUGGCCCCCAACCUGCUAACAUUCACUGGCUUCUUACUGACGGUCCUUAACUUCCUCCUGUUCUCGUACUACGACUAUGGGUUCUACGCCCUCACAGAUGACAACCCCUACAAUGACCAUAUUCCCAGUUGGGUGUGGGCCAUUACGGCAGUCAAUCUCUUUGUGGCAUACACUUUAGAUGGUAUCGACGGCAAGCAGGCGCGGCGCACAGGCACCAGCGGACCGCUCGGCGAACUGUUCGACCACGGCUUGGACUCCUAUUCCGCGGUGCUCAUACCUACCUGUCUAUACAGUAUAUUUGGCAGGGAUGAGUUGAGCCCGCUGCGAUUCUUCUUCGUGAUAUGGAACAUCUUCAUCAACUUCUACCUGACGCACUGGGAGAAGUACAACACUGGCGUCAUGUUCCUGCCUUGGGGCUACGAUUUCACAAUGAUCGGCUCGUGCAUCCUGCUACUGGUGACAUCAGUGGUGGGCCCGCGCGCUUGGCACGUGCAGCUGCCGGGCGGCGUCACCCCGGGUCUGGUGUUCGAGCUCGUGCUCUACUUCUCCGCCAUGAUCACCAGCCAGACUAUCAUCCUCUGGAACAUAUACAAGUCGUACCGCGACAAGACGGGCAAGAUGCGGUCGUUCCCUGAAGCGGUGCGGCCGCUGCUGCCGCUGCUGGCAUUCUUCACACUCAGCACGCUGUGGGCAGUAUACUCUCCCAGCGAUGUGCUUAGCCGCGGGCCCCGCCUCUUCUACAUCCUCACUGGCACCAUUUUCUCUAACAUCAAUUGUCGGCUGAUAGUAUCGCAGAUGAGCGACACCCGUUGCGAGGCGUUCAACGGCCUGCUCCUGCCGUACGGUCUAGUGAUGGGCGCGGUGAUGAUCUUCCGAGUAUCACCCAUGACGGAGUUGCUACUGCUAGCGGCUCUCUGUAUCGGCAGCUCCAUCGCACACAUCUACUACGGCACUAAAGUGGUACAAGAAAUGUGUGAACACUUCAACAUCGAAUGUUUCCAUAUCAAACCAAAGAUUAAGUAAGAAAUCUCACUAGUGAAAGUUAUUCAGGUAAUAUUUAUGUUAUGUACGUGUAGUAGAAGUGCGAAAUUUGAAGGUUUCGAUGAACAGUGUUUUAGGUGAAUUUGUAAAUUAUUUUUUUAAUAUCCCAUUUUAAGUCAAAUGAUUUUGUGGCAUAUUCCGACCCCAGUGUCUGUUACAGACUGAAUGUCCGUAGAACGGGACUCAGCUUUUUCGUUACUUAUGUGAAUCUCGACCAACUAAACUACUGUGUUAAAUAAAACACAUGCAUAAAUUAAAACAGCAUACCGGUAGAUAAUUAUUAAAUGUAUUCAAGUUAAACUUUGACUCGUACCUUUAGAGCAAUGAACUAAUUGUAUUAAAAAUUCAGGGGGUCUAAAAAGGCCACAUCAAAGCAGUUCAUCUAAAAAGUAAUAUUGCAAUUAGUCAUUUGCGUAUAUAAAAAGUAAAUGCGUAAUGCCAACAAAUGAUGAAAAGCAAUUUUGCUUUUUAGAAUUUGCACAUUGGUAUCUGGAAAAACUCGUUGGGUGGCGGCCAAUGUUGGUAACUGUAGUAUCUACCUAUAGUAAGUUAAGUAUGGACCUGCACCAAUAGCUAUAUGUACGUGUCUCAGUAUUGUUGGGCAUUUAUUUACAAUACCAGACUAAUAAUCAUAACUUUGUAAGGGGUGCUAUACUGAUGGGUCAUUGUAUUCUGUAUAUUUAACAAAAAACUGAUCCACAUAAAAUUGCAUAUCCUGUUUCCGACUACUAAUGAAAAUCUAAAUCGUCAUCAUUCAUACACAAUUUGAUUUUCGUUUAGGUGAGAUACAAUAACAGUACCAAAUCUGUUGGAAAGUGAUUCCUCAACUGCCUGCUUUGCUGGUUCGCAGAUAGGAUUAUUUUAUUAUAAUUAAUGAUAUAUAAACAAUAAGGGUUUUUAUAUCGUUAGGGGUAUGCCAAGCGGCUUUUUGACUGCCAAUUAUUACUGACCCGAGGAUGUGUAGCGCGCCUAUUAAACUUAAGUCAUUGGAAUCAGUGAGAAUUCAAAAUGUCAGUAACCCUAGUCAUGCUUAUUAUACAACAAUCUUGUCGUAAAUAUAGAUAUUGUGAUUUAGUACCAAAUGUUUCACAUAGUGGAUGUAGUCAAUUUUAAAGCAAUCAAAUGAUGUAAAAAUUUUAGUUACAUAUUCAUAUUUUUGUAAUCCUAUUCUUCUCUAUGCAGUUAUAAAUUGUAAGUGUUAUGUAUAAGAAUAAUGUAAGUCUUACAUAUUUGGGGAUAUUUUCUAUGUACAUUUUUCUCAAUGUAUUGUAUUUGUAUAAUAUGUAGGAAGUUGAAGUAGCAAAUUGUAUGUCUCAUAAAAUAAUUUAUGAAAUUGUUAUUUUAUUCUUAAAUUGACUUCAAUUGUAGUCAUUUAAAUUGUACCAUUGUAGUCAAUAAUGUAUGGAUGCCAUGUAUAAACGAAAAGCCUCAACUUGCCUCUUCCAGUCAAACUUUGAUGUUAUUUUUAUGGUUGUCUAUAAUAAUAUAAGCAUCAGCCUCUUUCACACUAUGGUGUAUUCGCCUAACUGCUGCACAAAUGUGAAGUAGCAAGUUGCGAAAUCACAUCCUUUUCAAGUCCUGGUGUGAAUGAGACAUUAUAACUCAUUUUAUUUAUUCUCUUUGCUCAAUAUUUAAUACCUCUAUUAACUUUUAAGUUCGUGUGAUGUUUUGUUUCAAUGCUACUCAAAAUAUAUACAGAGGGCAAUCUUUAUGAUGUACUAUGAUGAUAAACUAGUGUUGUAACUGGCAGCUGCAGAAUUUAUCUGCCUUAUGUUUGUUUGUCAAAAAAAACAUUCUUGUUUAUUA